AUGAAGGGUCUUGUCCAAUUCAUCACGGACAUCCGAAACUCCAAGGAACAGGAGCAGGAGGACAGACGCGUCCAAUCUGAGCUCGUGCACAUUCAGAAGCAGUUCCAGCAGCCCAACCUGUCAGGCUAUCAUCGCAAGAAGUACAUCUGCAAGCUGCUGUAUAUCUAUCUUAUGGGCCACGAGCUCACGUUUGGCCUGAGCGAGGCAAUGGCCCUUGCCGGGUCAAAAGUGUACUCUGAAAAAUCCAUUGGGUAUCUAGCCCUGUCGCUGUUCUACCAGACGCGCACAGAGGCCGUUGACGCGAUAUUUGAGACUAUUCACAACGAUCUCGCCCAUCAGAAGGAGGACUUUGUUUGUCUUGCGCUCCAAUUUCUCUCUUCUGUGGCGGACUCAGACAUGUACAGCAGGGCUUUUGAGGACGAGGUUUUCAAUUUGAUAAGGUCGCCCGUUUCAUCCAGUUUGGUCCGCAAAAAAGCCGUUCUGACGCUGCUGCAGCUGCUCAAAAUCGAUCCCCUCCUAGUCACCAGACACUCGGGCUUGGUUUCCCGCGUUGCACCGCUGAUCAACGACUCUGAUUUUGGACUCAGCAUCGCUGCCGUUUCGCUGAUCCAAUAUAUCGCCAAACUGGACCUGGACCUCUGCACCAGCUGCACCACGCUAGCCCUUGAAAAAUUGCACAAGAUCGUUGUCGAUGCCGAAUGUCCCGCCUCGCACAUGUACCACGGCAUCCCUGCACCGUGGCUGACUGUCAAGCUGUUCCAGCUGCUCGAGACGCUGGUCCCGAACGUCGACGCAAUGCCCCUCGACCAGGCCAAUAUGCACACCGUGAAGACUGUGAUCCAGCGGGCCAUUUCCACAGCCAUAUCGCAGGCCCCGCUGAUGUCUGCCGAGGCACGGCACACGAGGGAUUUCGUCCUACUGGGCGCCGUGUCGCUGGCCGCACACGUGGACCCGUCGCCCGACCAAUCGACAAUCGCAGCCGAUGCGCUCUGCCAGCUGUUGCAGUCCGCUGAAACAAACACGCGCUACCUGAGUCUUGCCGCUCUGGCAAAGCUCGCGGCAAGAAACGACGGGCCCGUUUUGGUGACUAUCAACAAGCACAUAGAGCAGAUUUUCUCCCUGCUUCGCGACAAAGACGUUUCUGUGAGAAGACUAUCGCUGGAUCUAAUAUAUAUUAUUUGCAACUCGGACACGGUCGAGCAAAUGUGCCGACAGCUUCUGGAUUACCUUUCUGUGACUGACUUCGCCAUGAAGUCCGAGGUUGCCGUCAAGAUCGCCGUGCUCGCCGAGAAAUAUGCCACAAACGCUACCUGGUAUGUCACCACCAUGAUGAAGCUGAUCUCCGUGGCAGGAAACUAUCUCGACGAAGAGGUGCGCCAGAGGCUGAUCCAGAUCGUCGUCAACAAUGACUCCAUUCAGGCCCCCGCGUGCCGCCUCUCCUACAAUGCCCUCAAAUCCGGUACUUAUCCAGAGUCUAUGGUGAAGCUGGCAGCAUUCUUACUCGGCGAGUUUGGUAUACAGCUGGAUGUUCCGCUUGUGCAGCAGUUUGAGCUGCUCUACAAUUGCUACUUCCAGACCACUGUCAUGGCCAGAUGUGUUCUGCUCUCGAGUUUCUUGAAGUUCUACGUCCACGAGCCGCAGCUUAGACCCCGAAUUUUGGAAUUGUACGAACAGGAAUCCAACUCUUUCAGCGCGGAAAUCCAGCAGCGGUGUCUGGAGUACGCCAAGCUGGUCGCUCUGCCAGACAGCUCGUUGUUGAAUCUCGUGGUGGUGGACAUGCCUCCGUUCCAGUCCAAAAUCUCGCCUUUGGUCUCCAGAUUGGGGAACGUUCAGCAGCUGCAACAGAGCUUCCAGCUGAGUCUGCCGUAUGCUGCGCGCUCGACGUCGUCGCUAGAAAGACCCAAAUCGCCCAAGAAACCGGCUCCGCCUCGCCCGAGAAGCCGGAAGAACACCAAUUCGCUUAUGUCGCCAUCGCUCAACACCGCUGCUGCCAGUAUAAGCCGGCCAGACACCGACGACUCGUCACGGUCUAUGUCGCACUUCUCGGACUCGCACUUCUCGUACAAUUCCACUGCAAACCCAUCUGUCGACCAUCUUCCAGCAUUCAGCCCCAACUGGAAAGAGGGAUACUACCGUCUCUUGCAUUACGACCAGGGUAUCUUCUACGAGGACUCGCUGUUCAAAAUUUUAUUCAGACUUAGAAGAAAUCACGCUCAGCUGCACUAUGAGCUUUCUUAUUCCAACAAGUCGCCCGGUACGAUCACCGGGCUUACAAGCGAGGUGGCUGCUAACUUGAUCAAUACCGAGGACCCGGGCUAUGUGGUUAAAAUCAUCAAACAUCCAGAAUCCACCAUCACCGCCAAUUCGAAAUCGGUCCAGAUCUUCGACGUCACCGUACGGAAACCGUACCUGGACAGAGAGGUACCGAGCAUCAAUAUAUCGUUUGUGUGCGGGACUCUGUGCCAAUACAAGCUACGACUUCCAGCCGUGGUUGGGAAGAUCAUGGUCAGAGGUACGCCUCUGUCCAAGGAGUCAUUCUUUACCAGAUGGAGUCAGGUCAGCAGUUUGCCUGGUGGAGAGUGCCAAAAGGUGAUUCGGCUCUCGUCGCCGAUGCAGACGGUGAUUCUGAGCCGGACCAUGCAGCUUUUUGGAUUCAAUCUGCUCAAGAACAUCGACUACAACAUGCACAAUAUCGUGUGCACGGGUAUAUUGAGCAUGGCAGCAGGUGGAGCAGGAUGCUUGAUGCGGAUCGAGACAAACCCUCAAGAUGCUCGCGUGCUGCGCAUUACUCUGCGGUGCACCGUCUCUGGCCUGGCGGACAUUUUGGUGGGCACGUUGACAGAUCUGUUAGAUAACAUCUAA